CACGCGUAGGAAACCUCCAGCAGAUGGCGCUACGUCACUGGUGCUGAACACGGCAACAAAACACGUCACCUGCGUACGUCACGCACGCUGUCCGUGUUUGAACGUGGCGGCGCGAGGGUGUGAAAAUUCGAUAGUUAUAACACUAUAUUCGGUGUUUUCCAUGUCUGCACACCUAAUGAGAACGAAACUUUCAACAAAUAGUUCCAUACUCCAGUAAUUAAUGCUUGUCGCGUUGCAUAUCUGCUCUUAUGAUUAACAGAACAGACAUGACAGCCACGGCUGAUAAUAAAUGGAAGGGGCUGUUCAGUGUUGGAGAGGAGUUUGAUGAUGAGGAUUUGCUUGAAGCUGAUUGGACAUGUCCAUCAGAGCACACAUCUUCUUCAUCUGUGUCCUCACAUGUGUCGGCUGAAAAAUCCACUCAUGUUCAGCAGAGACCUGUUAGCUUGUCAUCAGGCGCUGGGGAAAAUAGAUCAGGAUCUGUUUGUGUGGCGACUCUUCGAACCCCAACAUGUGGCACUAUCAGUUCCCCACCAGACUUCUCCAUACCUUGCCAUCAGACACUUUCUUCCUGCAUUUCUUCCCUCCGAGCGCCUGUGUCCUCCCUGAAACCCUCCUCUAACCCAAUAAACCCUGCACCGCCAGCAUCUCUCAGUGUCCCGCAGAGAGACCUCACUCCUCAGGAUGACUUUGAUGACUGGGAUGUGGAUCUGGAGGAGCUUGAUAGCAUUCCUCAGAUGGUUUCUGAGCCACAAAAUAUUUCACCACCACUGGACAACAUUUCACCCCUUAAACGAAUGAGACAUUCAGCAGCAGAAGUGUCCUCCCAUGAAAGGUUCGGUGCAGCCUGCUCAGUGUCAGUUGCACGGCCCUUAAUCAAGCACCUCAUUGCUUCCAAUGUCGAAGGCCCCAGGUGUCCAUCUACCCCUAUGCAGAAUCCAAAUCACAUGCAUAUCCCUGCUACAUUAGACUCACGAUUUCCCAGACCUGUGACUCCAAGGCCUCCAGAUGUGUCGCCUCAGUGCCAGAGGGGUGCUUCGACACCGAGGACACCACUGCAGCCCAGAGGAUCUCUUUUCCACUCUGUGUCUUCUGCUAUCGAUUCUUCUUCCACAUUUACACCUCGUCCUCUCAACACGCCUGUCCUGACCAAUCACUUGGUCCAGCUGGUGUCUGCAGCCAAUAAGACACCUCAGAGACCACAGAGCUGUAUGAUGCCAGCCAAAGCACGCCGUUUCCCUGGCCCAGCAGGAGCACUACCACAGCAGGUCAGUGGGCGGAGUCUUGAUGACAUUGUUGUGUCAGUUCCUCAGACACCUGCACAUGGAGCGGUUGCUCGCCUAAAAAGCGAGGUCUCCUGCUCUCAGGUGAGCGAGGAUGAGGAGUUCAGCAGGGGUCCGUGGGCAGUGAUGAAGUCUGAGAUGGGAUUGGAUGAGAAGAACCCUUCUUGCUUUCUUAAUUCUUACAGUGUUGCCAUGGUUCUCCGCAAGGCUGCUCUCAGGCAGCUAACUAAGAAUAAGGUCCCUAACAUGGCUGUUGUCUUGAAGAGUAUCACACACACACACGCAGAUGCAAAGGCCGUCUUCAGAGAUCCCACAGGUGAGAUGCAGGGCACGGUUCAUCGUCGCCUGGUGGAAGACAGACAGGGAGAGCUCAAGACAGGAGCUGUGUUACUUCUUAAACAAGUGGGUGUGUUUUCACCAUCACACCGAAAUCACUACCUGAAUGUCACACCCAAUAACCUUCUCAAGAUAUACCCACCUGAUGGGGUCUUCCAUAACUCCCAGCCAUCCCACCCUCCACCGCAGGAGUUUGCAUUGCGUAGUGAACCCAGCAGGUCUGCAGGGGGCCCGGUCUCUCAGAUGGAGCUCCACUUUGAUGACGAAGAUGAAAAUGCAGUUGAGGAAAGUCGGGCUGCUGAUGGUUUAGCUGUCUCUAAUGACCUCUGUCGAGCAUCUACUGUGUCAGGACCAACAGAGGACACGGCAUGGGACAAAGAUGACCUUGAUGAGCUGCUCGGGGAGUUACCUGUGGAGUCAUAUGAUGGAUUACAUUGAUCACUUUAAAUACAAAGUAUAAUUGUAGAACAUGUCUCAUAUUAAUACAUAUUAUGACCAUACCCACUAUUAAACAAACACCUACUAACCAAAGACAUCACUACUUUUGUUCAGUUUUUGUGUAAACCUUUGUAAAUAUGUACAUAAUUCUAUAUGCAUAAAUUGAAGAAAUAAAUUCCCGAUGAGACCCGUAAA